AUGGAGUUUUCACUCAGCGAAAAGCCUGGAACAGCGGCUAAUGGACAUACCGCAGAACCCAGCGCAAAGUUGAUUACAACUGAGAGCAAUGUUAGUGAAUGCAUGACAAGAAUUAAGACAUCGCGAGAGAGUGAAAUUUACUUGUAUAAUUCUGAAUAUUUAAAGAAUAACUAUGAUAAAUAUAUCAGAGAUGAUUUCUUAUAUGCAUUUGGACCAUUUUAUUGUAAUAAAGUAAUGAAGAUUCCUCAUUUAGACCGCAUAUUGAAAACUGAAUGUUAUCAUCGUGAAACAGAAACGAAAUAUAGACAUUAUGAGUUUGCAACAUACAUGGAAAAUAUAAUAACAUGGCUUGAUCUUAAAUUAAAAUACAACGAUGAAGAAUCAUCAAAAACUAAUAAAAAAAUACAAGAACAGUUAUUCAACACAAGUUCUCAAGAACUAAAUGAUAUAAUAACAUCGCCAGACAUAACUACUUCAAAAAAUGAAGAUUUUCCUGUAAAUAAUACUCAAAAUAAAAUAAUAACAUCGCCAGAUUUAAUUUCUUCAGAACAUGAUACACUUGGAAAUUCAACUAGUGAUCACAAAAAAGGAAUUGAUAAGUUAAAUAAUGCUCAAAAUAAAAAAAUAACAUCGCCAGAUGAAACUUUUCCAAAACGUGAUACUCUUGAAAAUUCAACUAAUGAUCACAAGAAAGGAAUUGAUGAGGUAAAUAAUGCUCAAAAUAAAAAAAUAACAUCCCCAGAUGAAACUUUUCCAAAACGUGAUACUCUUGAAAAUUCAACUAAUGAUCACAAGAAAGGAAUUAAUAAGGUAAAUAAUGCUCGAAAUAAAAAAAUAACAUCUGCAGAUGUAACUUUUCCAAACCAUGAUAUUCCUGGAAAUUCAACCAAUGAAUACGUGACAGAAAUUUCUAUGGAAAAUAAUCUAAGUAAAAUAAAAACUUAUUCAAAACGUAAUUCUACUAGAAGUACAACUUAUGAUCACAAGAAAGAAAUUGAUAAGGUAAAUAAUGUUCAAAGUAAAAAAAUAACAUCGCCAGAUCUAACUUUUCCAAAAUGUGAUACUCUUGAAAAUUCAACUAAUGAUCACAAGAAAGGAAUUGAUAAGGUAAAAAAUGCUCAAAAUAAAAAAUCAUCAUCUCCAGAUGUAACGUUUCCAAAACGUGAUACUCUUGAAAAUUCAACUAAUGAUCACAAGAAAGAAAUUGAUAAGGUAAAUAAUGCUCAAAAUAAAACAAUAACAUCGACAAAUGCAAUUUUUUUAAAACAUGAUGUUUCUGGUAGUUCAACCAAUGAAUACGAGACAGAAAUUUCUAAGGAUAAUAAUCUAAGUAAAAUAAAAACUUAUUCAACACGUAAUUCUACUAGAAGUACAACUAAUGAUCAGAAGAAAGGAAUUGAUAAGUUAAAUAAUGUUCAAAAUAAAAAAAUAACAUCGCCAGAUGUAACUUUUCCAAAAUGUGAUACUCUUGAAAAUUCAACUAAUGAUCACAAGAAAGGAAUUUAUAAGGUAAAUAAUGCUCAAAAUAAAACAAUAACAUCGCCAGAUGCAAUUUUUGUAAAACAUGAUGCUCCUGUUAGUUUAACCGAUGAAGUCGAGACAGACAUUUUUAAGGAUAAUAAUCUAAGUAAAAUAAAAACUUAUUCAAAACGUAAUUCUACUAGAAGUACAACUAGUGAUCAGAAGAAAGGAAUUGAUAAGUUAAAUAAUGCUCAAAAUAAAAAAAUAUCAUCGUCAGAUCUAACUUUUCCAAAAUAUGAUACUCUUGGAAAUUCAACUAAUGAUCACAAGAAUGAAAUUGAUGAGAUCAAUUCAAAUUUUGUGAAUAAUUCAUCAGCCAUCGAAUCUAUAUUAACUGAGUCUCAAUUGAAAAACCCAGAUAUAUCCGGUGAUGUGAAAGAAAGCACAUCAGAUAACCUUAAAAUUAAAAUAAAUGACAAAGUUGAGAAAUUGUAUCCAGCUCAGACAAGCUCUAGUGUUAUUGGUGACAAAAUAUCAAAUAUGUGUUUGGAAACUUCUUCAAAACCUAUUAGAAGUACUCGAUCCAAUAAGCAAACUAAUAAAAAAUUAGAUAAAACAUCAACAAAACUAUUAAAAAGAUCAAAUUCAGUAACAGAUUCUGAGCACAAAUCGAAAAAAAAGAAAAUAGAAAAACCUUCUCCUAGUAUUGCUGAAAGAAAAACUAAUACCAAUAAUAAUAAAAAUUCAGUCAAAGCUUUAAAUGAAUCUAUAAAACAAGUUGGCAAAAAUUUGUAUAGUCGAAAUAGUAAAGGAGAAACAAAAUUACAUUCAGCAUGUGCCAAGGGGAAGCUAGAUUUAGUAAUUUCAUUGCUUGAAGAUGGUUUCAAUCCUAAUGUUAAAGAUAAUGCUGGAUGGACACCCAUGCAUGAAGCCGUGAAAUGUGGGAACUUAGAUAUUGUGAAAGAAUUAAUCAAGUUUGGUGCAUAUUUAAAUGUUCCUGGUUUUGAAUAUGAAAGCCCAUUUUAUACAGCUAUUAAGUAUGGUAAAUUUGAAAUAUCAAAAACAAUUCUGAAUUAUGGAGCUGAUGCAAAUUUUAUGAAUAUGUAUGGAGAUAAUGCGAAAUGUCUUAAUAAAGAAAAGUUCUCUGAGUUAUUAGAAAAUGUAGUUUUGUGUAAAUCAACACAAAUUUGCCAUACCAACUAUAAAUUAGAAGAAACUGUCAUAGCCCUAAAUAAUGUUUCAUUAAAAAGUGAAACUGUGAACACAUUUUGUAAACAAUUCAAUAUUAAAUUAGUUCAAAAUAUUUGGAAAGAAAAGCAAUUAUCUCAAGUUACUCACAUAAUUGUACCAAAAUCAAAAAAUAAUACUUGUGAUGUUAAUUUGGAAUGUUUAACUGGCAUAGCAAAUGGAUUAUUUAUAGUCAACGAAAAUUGGAUUUCUGAUUCAUUAGAAAAAAAUAAACUUAUGAAGUCUGAAGAUUAUGAAGUCAGCGGAACAACAUUGUUUACUGAUUUUAAUGGCCCAAAAAUAUCACGAAUAAGCAAACAAAAACUGUAUCCAAAAUUGUUUGAUGGUAUAAACAUACAUGUAUGCGGAAGCAAUGGUUGGAAUCAGUUCACACUUGAAAAUUUAAAAAAACUGGUUGUUGAAUUCGGAGCUAAACUGUUAAUACGUAUGCCAAAUCCAGAAGACUGCCCUACUAAUAUAAUACCAUAUCAUUGCCGUGAUAAUGAUGAAAUGUUUCAUGUAUCUAACAUUAUAUUAUAUACAAUGGAUUCAAAUAGGCUUAUAAAGUACAAUAUGAAACAUUUAAAAGCUUUUCAUAUUUCAUGGUUCAUGGAAGCUGUACAAAAGUAUAAUAUUAUAUAA